AUGGCUCAGUCUCAGUCAGUGAUCGAAGACACAGCGGCGGGGACGGGCGCCGCGCGCUGGUGGGAAGCACCAUGGAAAACUAUGGCCGACUUAGCCGAAGCAGUUGACGAUCUCAUAUGUAGUUUCGAUUAUAUGGACACUGCCAUGGACAACCUAGUCAUGCUAAUCUUCAUAUGGAUACUGUUCUCCAUCGUCCUGUUAGGCAUCGCAAAAUGGGCGUAUUCCCGCUUCGCGAACAAAGUAGCCGAGGUCGAUACAAAACAAAAAACGACUGUUGAAGAAGUGAAGAAAACAUCGAAUGAAAUUAUUAACAGUGCUGAUAGUGUGCUAGUUACCAGUGCUAAGGUUAAAAGUGCUUCGUUUAAACCUGCUAAACCUACUGGGUUCGUGCCAGCCACUCCUCCGAACAAGAGAAGGUUAGGUCGCAUGUCCCCUGGGCCCGAACAGCUGACGCUGAAGAAACACCAAAGCAUCAUAGUACCUACGUGUACGGGCCCCGACCCGCCGAGUGUACAAUGGGUGAAUGACCUAUUGACGUGGUUAUAUAAUGAUCUAGUUAUUGUGAAUGAACUGGUGCAGCAAUGGAUUGUGUCCAUGAACGAGUUCUCCAAGAAGUCCGUCGAAGAGCAAGGUAUUGGGGUGGAGCUGGUGCGCGCCCUGGACAGCCAUCCGCCCAACAUCUCCAAUGUCUUCUGCGAGUGUGACUCCAAGGAUGACGUCACGAUCACAUGUGAUUGUGAAGCCACCCCCGCCUUUCAGCUGAAAGCUUUCAGCCAGCGAGGCGAGAAAGUAGAAGUAUCACAUUACAGAGUUAAUGUUAACCGGUUCCGCGCUCGUUUGAACGUGGUUUGUGUGACGGACAAGUUGACGGGCGAGUUGAAAUGUGACGGCUGGCCCGAAGUGAAGGUGGCACUGGCGCCAGUGGGCGCGCUCAGGCCUAAUGCCACGGAGAAUGAUCUACAACAGAGUAUCAGUGAUAUAGUUGUAUCAGCGCUGCGCAGUACGAACUUACAAUUCAACCUGGCGCACUAUCCGACGUGCCCGCGACUGCGGCGGUACGUGGAGACGCCAGGACCCAGGCUGCCAUUACAUUAUGAUUCUAUGCUGCAACAGGACCGUCAGAUGUACACGUCGACUCCAAACUCUACAGCCGGCAGCGUCACCCUGCUGGGAGAGAAGAGACUGCUCGUCAAACUUGUCUGUGCUAAGGACUUGGGAGGUAAAGCGGGUUGCGUAGCUCCGUACUGCGUGGUGGAGAUGGACGAGCCUCCACAGAAGAACCAGACUGCCUUCAAGAAGGAUACCAACAACCCACAGUGGGAGGAACACUUCCUAUUCGACCUGUCUCCUCAGACGGCGGAGUUACUGUUCGAGGUGUACGACCGGACCGGCCCGCCCUCGCCCGGCGGGGGACCUUCGCAACACAGGUUCCUAGGCCUAGGUCUGGUGGGUAUAGACGAGUUGCUGGCGGCUCCGUCCCAGCGCCAGCAGAUAGCGCUGCAGACGCGGCCCAUGGAAGAACAUGACGUCAGCGGGACGCUCACUGUAGAGUUCCUAUUCAUCGAAGGCGCCGACAUCCCGGACCUGGGCUCCCGUCCAGUGAAGAUCAAGGAGAGUCUCCGCACUGUGUCCCAGUACGGACAUCUCACUACUACCACCAAGACUAUAUUCAAGCAGAAUGGCCACGACAACUCUCAACUAACAGAAUCGGCUCUCCGCGAACUAGAGCUGAGUCCGACCAACGCGGCCAACAAGUCCACGCUCAUCAUACACUCCGUGCAAAGGGAACCGAAGAAAUCAAUAAAGGUGGAAAUGACGGACUCGGGGAAAUUCAUCGAAGUGGAGAGGGGUGAAAUGGAUGCCGAAGUACGUCAAGAGAGUGAUGAUAAAUUUGAUGAGAAUGGGAAAGAGACAGACAUAUCUGUCUCAGCCAGCCCGAAUGCCUCGCCCGGGAAGACGGUGAGGAUCAAGGAGAAUGGUGCUAAAGCCAAUGGCGAUACCGAGCAGGGUGACUACGUGCAGCAACAGAAUGAGAACGUCCCGCCGGAGCCCGCGCCUCGCAAGAGGAGACGGGACUUCUUCGGUACUAUCAAGAGAAGACUGGGUCGGUCCCGCACUCGCGGUGCGUCUCUAGAUCUCACCGACUCCGAGGUAGAGAACCAGAGUCGCAUACGCAGCAUCAGCGCAGAGAGGAAUGCACAUGAGAAAGCGCUAUCCAUCCCGAAUAGGAACGUAUACUCAGCGGGCGCGUCGCCUGCACAGUCCGGGGACGAAUCCCGGACGUCGAGGAGGUCGUCUCUCAGUGAGGUCUCCGGAUUCAGUACAGCAUCAGCCAGGACCUUCAUCCAUGAGGCUUCGACCCUGGUCCUGGAGACCAUAGAAGCUGGUAUCAAGAAACACUACUUGGUGCCUCUGACCAUUGCCCAGAGGUCCCGAUGGAGACGGAAGGGCAUCAAGCUUCAUAUCUACAAUGAACAUACUUUUAUCGCCAAGCAUCUUAGUGGUGGCACAGUGUGCGAGGUCUGCACGAAGACUAUAGCGCGGCGGCUCGGCAAGCAAGGCUACGAGUGCCGCGACUGUAUGCUCAAGUGCCACAAGCACUGCCACGUCAAAGUUGCCACCAACUGCCCUCGGUCCACCGUGCACAAUAUGGAGCUGACUUACAUCGCAUCUCCGUACGCAGAUAAAAAUAUAAGGAUGUUGUGA